AAAAAAGGCAGCUGGUUGUGUAUGAAGCAACAGGUCAACCUCAAAGACGUGAGCUUCAACAGCAGAUGAAGUCAUGAGUACGCGCACAAGAGGAAGGCUUACAGGACAAAGGCAAGGCAACACUCAAACACAACAGGAUGUUGUACCUGGAAGGGGAGCGGAUGGAGUAGACUGCCCUUUUCCAAAUAAGCCCCUUUGCCACAGAAGACCCUUCAACCCCAGGACACAAGACUUGCUUGAUCUGAAGGAUUUUGAAAAAAUUACUAUUACAAAACAACCAAGAGGCUCAGUGUUGCCCCAGGAUCAUCAUUUAAAUGACAUCGGAGAGACCACAGGAUCCCAGCAAAGAAGAAAAGACUCACACAGACUAUCCAGUGGAGAAGAUCAGGUCGCCCGAGCAAUCCAAGCAAAAAAAGUAAUGAUACAGGAAACGCUGUUGAGGGUUGAGGAAAAACUAAGACAAAAGAUCAAUGGUGUUGAGGCUACUACUAGUAAUGAUGAGUUAAAGAGAGAGGAGAGGAGAGGCAGGGGACAACCAGAGCGGGCAAAAGCUCAGACAAACACCAGGCUGCUGAUCCAGGAAAGACGACAACAGGAUUUUAAGCAACUUGGGAGGAGGCAAGAUCAGCAGCCUAAAGACAAGAUGAAGGGUCCACAAGAAGACGAGGGGGGCAGAUGGAAAAGAAGGGACACAAAAGUUGCAGAGCGUCCCCAUAACAUCACAGUCAUCAAGCAAAAAGUGAGUGGAGAGCAGAACAAAUUGAGAUGGGAGAAUGUGAAAGAGCAUACCGGACGAAAAGGGGAUGAAAAAGAUCAUUUCACUGGUAGAGAGGCCAGUUUGAGGCCACAGGACAGAAUAGAGGAAGGAAAAGACAGAGAGCAAAAGAAAACGUCUACAGGUUGGACAGAGGAAAAGAAAUACAGGCAAAAAACAUAUGAGGACAUGCAAAGUUAUAUUGAACAAGACAUGCCUCAAAUAAAUCAAACUGCCGAUACACUGGUAAAAGAAAACCACCGAGGUGAGGAACGUAGAAUAUCGAGGAAAUCCUCUCUCCCACCAGUUUCAAGUCCUCCCACCAGAAGACCACUGAGGGAGGAGCUGGAAGUCGAGAGCUCAGACUCCAGCUCGAAGCUUCUCCCUUGUGGAAACUGCAACAGAACGUUUGCGAGUGAAAGGUUGGAGAAGCAUUUGCAAAUCUGUAAAAAGAGGAAACCAUCUCGUCAAGUCUUCAGCUCCUACGCUCACAGACUCAAAGGAUCUGCCAAUGGGGAGUAUAUGAAAUCCCACAGCAGAAGCAAGACUCCAGAGGUUAUAAAGAAAAAGAGCCAAAGACAAAACAACAAGUCAAAAACAAAGAAUGUGUAGCAGCAGAGUGGACUCCCGGCUGGAAACUCAACGCAAAAACGGUUCAAGUGAGUCGACCCAAAGGGAGACGACGCUGUGGCCCUGGACCAGCUGAAAACAGAAAGGCACCAUCUUGUUUUUGUCAAUACAGUAUCUGAAUUCAGGGAUUAAAUUAUGUUUGUAAAUCCAAUGGGAAAUUGUCAAAGCAUCAUCUGAACUCUUCAGAAAUGUAGUUUUAAAGAUAAGUGCAGUCUAAAGAAAACGUUCUGCAUUUAAUUCUUCAAUGAAAAGUUUAGAAUUUAAUAACUAAUAAAACAUCAUAGUUUAUUUGUUGUAUUUUGAGUAAAAUCUGUGAUGCUCAGAGUCAGGGGCGUUACAUUUACAAUUUGAUGGUGCAGAACUAUCAAAGUAGUCAUUAAAGAUAGUUGGGAAGGUUGUGUUCAUUUUAUAGUCUUAAAAUUAGUAAAGGUUUUGCAAGUGUAUUUUGCAGUUUAUUUCAUAUUCUUUAAUACCUGAUGAUAUUCAGUCUAAAUGCUGACAUUACAGGUGCAAGCAUACUUCAAUCAGAAGAGACUUCUGGGUCCUCCUCCCAGGGUCUGCUCACUGGUUGGAUUGGAUUAUUGUAAACACCCUACAAUCAGCGUGCAAGAAGUGGUGGGAAGAGGGAGAUGGAAAUGUGAAUGAAUGGGAGGAAGACAAAGUUCGCCUGAACUGACGCCAAGAUUAGUUUCCUCAGAGUUUCCUCACUCUCAGGCCUUUAAUUUGAUCUCUAAAUCUGUUCAUAUAAACUAUCAGA